AUGUCGCAGCUGAAGGUUCUAACCCUGAAUUGCUGGGGUGUUCCUACCCCAAUAGCAUGCCAACUGCGCUUGGAAAGGAUGACAGCGAUUGGUGACCGCCUAAAACGAGGAGAUUACGACUUGGUUGUCCUUCAGGAGGUUUGGGAUAAAGCUGACUUCAAAAUAUUACUAGACAGAGUGUCAGGAGUGUUUGUCUACAAUCACUACUUCUACAGCGGGGCUAUUGGAAGUGGAGUGUGUGUGUUCUCCAAGUUUCCAAUCCUGGAAUCCUUUUAUUAUCGUUUCUCACUGAAUGGCUACGCCCACAAGGUGUUUCAUGGUGACUGGUUUGGAGGAAAAGGUGUGGGAAUGUGUAUUGUUAAGUUCCAGGACUUCAGGCUUGGUCUCUUUUGUACUCAUCUCCAUGCAGAGUAUAGUGAAGCAGAUGACGAAUACUUGGCUCACAGAGUCUCACAAGCGUUUGAAAUGAGUCAGCUGAUUAAACUCACAGCAACCAAGCACCUGUGUGACUUUGUUGUCACUGCGGGAGAUUUCAAUCUCCAGCCAACAGAUUUGGGAUAUAAACUCCUUAGAGAAAAUGCAAAGCUACGUGAUGCAUGGCUAGAGCUAAAUGAUGAGACAGAUUCUGGUAAAACUUGUGAUAUUCCCAGUAACUAUUUCACAACUCCAGCUCAGCUGAAAGUUUGUCCUAAUGGCAAGAGGCUGGACUACAUCCUGUUUAGGAACAAUGAAGGCACUAGUGUGGAGGUAGUGAACUGUCAGGUUACCAUGGGGAAGAUACCAGGACACCCGUAUAACUACUCUGACCAUGAAGGAGUCGGUGCCACCCUAAACAUCUCCAAAGGCAACAAUGCACCUCAUGAUAAUGGCGACCCUACCCGCUUGGAACCAUUAUUGUCAGAAGCCAAGAGCCUUAUAGAGCGGGGAAUUGGAAAAGUGUCAUCAAACAGUCAGUUCUACACAAUCUUGGCCAUCAUAUCUGUAUGUCUGCUGUAUAUGUUGUCCUCCCUCGACAUCCCGCCCUGGCUUGGUCUGUUCCGUGGCAUGUUAUUGGUGGCCCUCACACUGUUGUUUGGGUUCUGUAUAUGGAAUAAGGCUAUCCUCAGCCGUAUAGAAACACAUGGACUUAUGGCCACAAAGAAUGAUAUCAGAAAUCUUCUUAACUCUCAAAAAAGUUAGUGUGUAGUGGAGAUCUUUUGGUACAAUCAUUGUUUACAAACUCUACACAUAUCAACAUAUUCACCCACACAUAAUUUAACACAUCAUAACAUACUUUAAUCAUUUUCCCAAAAUGAAACCAAGAUUAUUUUCUGAAAUAUCACAAAUGUUCCAAAGAUUACUUUAUAUGUACGUUCAUAAGCUUAUAUUUACAGUAUUUAUUUUGAAUGAAGUCUGAUUAUUGAAUUGAGAAGG